ACCGACACAAUAUCAAAUCAGAUAUAUAUAAUGUAUAUUAUUAUUAGGAAUAUAUCGUAUUAAAUUGGAAUCAUCCGUAUGUUGUCUUUUUACAAUGUAAAGUGAUAAACAACUUUUUGAAAUAAUUAGACAUUAAUAAUCGAAGUGGAAAUAUACUGUAAUAAUUCUCCUGUUUAGAAACACGUAUAACGCUAGAGAAUGAUAAAUGCUAUUUUUCACAUUAUCUAAAUAGAUUUCACCGUAAUUAAAAUGGCCGAAGGCCGCAAAAUCACAGUAUCCGACAGGGAAAAAAAUCGGCAAAGCUCGUCUUCCGUAAAUGAAACUGAGAAUCAACCAGAACCAGUGCUCCAUCGCACAUUUAGUUUGAAAGACGUGUGGAGAAAUAAGAAGAAAAUUCCCAGAGCAUAUCUGGAACAGGAGGUUGUGAGCUGUAAAGAAGAAUUAUCAGCAUUGCAAAUAAAAGUAGGAAAAGAACAGCUAACAGCUGAGAAAAAUAAGAAAAGGUGUACAAAUUUGCAGCAACAACUUAAAGAUGCAAACGAAAAAAUUAGGCGUUUGGAAGAGGAAAAAAGAAAAGCAAUAGAUAGCAAAAAAGAACAGUCAGAAAAGAUUGAAACGAUUUUGCACAAUAACCCUUAUUACGUGUAUAUUAUGGGAUCGAGGAAUGUACAAAUAGGUGACGACAACACAAUUGUACAAGAUGAAGGCAAUACAGAACAACUGGUGGCCGAGUUGGAGGAACUGACAAACAAGCUCACAUCUGCAAUACAGACAAAUACGCAAGAAAGAGCGGAAGAUGAAAGGAAGCUUAGGAACUAUGAUGUUAUGUUUAAAGAGUUCAAUGAAGGUCUAAACGUGCUAAAGGAGUCGCUCAAGACACUUGACAAGAAUACAUUCAAAAAGCAGCUCAGUCGUGACAGAGAACUUCUUGAAGUCUUGACGUCGGAUCGUACAGAUGAAAACAUCAUAACCGACGGCAUUGGGCUUCUUAGGAGAUUUAUAAAUGAAAAUAUGGAUAUAACUGAUCUUCCGUUACAAACAGAAACUGCGAUAACAAGACUGGUUAACAAGUUUGGGAGCCUCAAGUGUGACUGUCAGAAGUUCGCUGAGAUUCUAGAAGUUGACUUGUCAAGAUUAUUAUCUGAACCUAACGAAAGUAUGCCUGCUCUUGAACACUAUUCAGAACUUGAUAGCAGAAUGUGCGAAAAUAUUCUGGUCCACUGGAUGAAAAAGUCUCGAGAUAAUGACGCUAAGAAGCUUUUAGAGAAAAUCAUGAUUUAUGAAUCGAAAAUAUCUACAGAAAUGGUCAAGGAAUUUGAAGACGAAACAAUCGGUUUACAGCAAAGCGUAUCAACUCAGAUGCCUUCUUUGACGCUGUCGGAGAACUCAACAGGUUCAGUCUAUAUACCUUCCGGCAAUAUUUACAGGGGACAAAGCCUACAGGGACUUCCAGAUAGGCGUUCACAGUUUAUGCAUCAGCUUGAAGGGCUUAAAAUACUCGUAGACGUUCAACAGAAAGUAAAUGAUAUCCAUGGAAAUAUGUUCAGAGUCACAGAAACUAGACUGUGACCUAAAAUAAUUCAAACGGUAGUUAAACAGAUUCUUAAUUCUUUUGUGUAUAGUAGACAAUUAUGAGCAUAUUAAGAUAGUAAAUGUUUUGUGUAUGCAUUUCAGACAUUUGUUUCAUCGGAAGAUGUUAGAAUAGAAUGAAGAUUUUGUGAGUGAGUGUGAUUUUACCACGAGAUCAUAUAUCGCUGAAAAGAUGUUACAUUGAAAAUGUAAAUCAAAAAAACAUCUCUACAAAUAUUUUUGUAAGACAUAUCUAAAAUGUUAAAAAUAUCAUUCUAACACUUUUAAGAUUUUACAUAUUAAACAAAGAAAGAUUU